UCGGUUUGUCGGAAUCGACUGUAGAAAGUGUUUUUAAUUUCAUCGUGAGUAAUCUCAUCUUCACUAAAGAGUGCUUUUCAUUUCAUCGGGAAUUCAAAUCAUGUUGGUUUCCUGGACUGUUUUUAUGGGAUGCGCGUCCGUUCUGUGCGCUAUGGCGCCUCACGGCUGGAAAGAGCGUAUCGAUCCGACCGUGCUGACCGAACGGGAAUCCGAGCGCGCCAUCACGAACAACUCGACCAACUGCGAUAUGGUGCCGGUUAACAACGUCAUGUACACCGGCAAACUCAAGCCCUGGAACAAAUGGAACCGCGCAUGGAGUAUCCCCUACGACAUCGCCCCCUUCUUUCUGCGCAAUGGAGACUACAAACUGAUAGAGUGGGCGCUGCAGCGGAUCGCCAACUGGACGAAGACGGGUUCGCAUGCCUGCAUCACCUUCAAGCGCCGAGCCGGCGAACGGGACUACAUUUACUUCCAGCCGGACAGCCGAGACAACGCCUGUCAAUCGCCGGUGGGACGCCAGUGCGGUCAACAGACCAUCCGCCUAGGUCGCGACUGCAUGACCCACGGGAUCAUCCAGCACGAGACCCUGCACGCUCUGGGCCUCUUCCACGAGCAGAACCGUAAAGACCGCGAUGCCUACGUCGAGAUCUUCGUGGAUAAUAUUCUGGACGGCGCUAUCGCCCGCAACUUCGCCAUUAUGGAGGACAUGGAGUACCACGGCACGUUCUACGACCUGGAGUCCAUCAUGCACUACGGGGUGUACGAUUUCGCCAAGACCCCCAGCGAACCCACCAUUAUCCCUAAGAGCGGUAAGAACCAACGCCAGGGUCAACGUAAGGGACUGAGUAACGGGGAUAUCGCCAAAGUGCGCAACCUGUACGAGUGCCGCGCGUACGAGGACGCCGAGGCCACGACCAAAGAUCCCUCCAAACAGCCGUUGCCCGGUCUUUUCCGGCUGGAGCCCAUCACUCAAGUCGAGAUGGAGUUGCCCUUUCCGCCGCACUGCAUCAGCAUCAAGGGCCCGAAGAACGGCACACCGUGCAACGAUUUUCAAGGUCUCGAUGUGUUUUACACCACCGACGUGAAGCGACAACCAUUGAAAGCGCUGAACAAUGCAAUUAAAGCCAACGCGUCCCAUCGCGCGCUCAAGUUCUUCCUCACCGAUGGCGACCACAUGGCGCGGGACGUCUUUGACCCGGUGCGGCUGCAGGUUGUCGUGCUGUGUUUAACAGACUGCCGCGGCAGCCAUACGACGACCCGGGUUUCUCGAUUGUUCCUCGACAAUCUUCUGGAUUACCAGCUCUUCAUGUGCAACGACUUAGUGAUCAAGAAACGCGAUUUCUCUAACAUGAAACUGCUCAGGAUGAUUCGCUUUCGGCAGUCGACGGUUAGUUCCUUGGAAGUGGGGACCUUCAGCGACCUGCUGCCGAAUCUGCAGGUUCUUUCGCUGGAGUACUUGUUCAAUGAGAACACCAUGAUGCUGGACGAUAAAGACUAUCUGCGGAAGAUACAUUGUACGUGUGAGUUUGCCUGGUUUCGCCGCUGGUUGACGCAGAAUCAACGCCUGCUGGAAGCCCGUGCCGAAGGUAGUGUGUAUGGUCUGCCGCAGUCGUGGCAGAGUGAAGCGGUGGCCAAGGAGGAACUGUACGUGCCGGUUGACUGCAACGAUCUGGAUAAUAUUUUGUUCAGCCAGAUACCGUUUUCUUUUAAUGAAGAUAAAACCUGCAGAUAGUCGUUGCUGCUUUUUAUAAUAAACGAAUGGUCUAAAGAUGAACUGGGUUCUUUGUGUUCGUGAAGCUCGAAUUCGGUAUUUGCAAGCAGAUGUUUCUUGGGUAUGGUGUUCUUUUUAUUAAUGAUGUUAACCGGUGCUUUAUAUCUGUGAUUUUUAUUGGCGGAAUAAAAUGCAUAAUAACGUGUGCUUAACUUAAUACUGAGCAGAACAGUUUGCCA